AUGGCAGACCAGCCCCUGCCUCGGUUUCCCCGCCGGCGCGGCCGGCGCGCGGACCUGGAGCGCGGGGUCCCGCGAGGCAGUGGGGGCCCCGGGGGUCGCCGGGGCGGGACCUCCCCACCGCGAGGUCUCACUUCGCUCGCAGCCCCCUCGGCGGGCCGGGGCGCCUCCCGCAGAUCUUUCAGUUUUUGGCGUCCAAGGCCUUGCGUGCUGUGCAAGGGGGCUCACCGUCAGGAUGUUAACGAGAACGAGUUCAGGGACGACGAAGACGCUGCUCCGGCUAUUUCAGCCGUGUCCCGGGCAGGGGUCCCGGGUUCCUCGUCCGGAGAACCCGCGCUCUGGCCCGCAGCACCCCAGUGGUCCGGCACACGGCGCAGGCGCGCCCCGGCGGCUGCCAUACCCGGCGUCCUCUCCGGCCGGAAGUCGGCCCGGCGGGCCUUCCGGGCAUCCCUCGCGGGAUCACCGCACUUCCUCUGCCUGGCACAGCCCUCGAGUCCCUUGAGCCUGCCGCCCGCUGGGCCCCCCCCACUGGCCAUGGCAGUUUCCAGACCCCCCCCAGCCCUGGGUGGGGCCCGUCUCAGGAUCGUGACCUCCCUGCUGCUGCUGGCGGCGUCCACAGGACUCUCCCUUCUCUCACCCUCAGCCACCCUCAAAGCCACCAAGAUACCCGCACCCCCAGCCUGCGGGAAGCCCCAGCGGCUGGACCGGGUAGUGGGCGGCCAGGACAGCGCCGACGCCGAGUGGCCGUGGGUCGUGAGCAUCCAGAAGAACGGGACCCACCACUGCGCCGGCUCCCUGCUCAGCAGCCGCUGGGUGGCCACCGCUGCCCACUGUUUCAAGGGGAAUCUGGACAAGCCGUCCCUGUUCUCCGUGCUGCUGGGGGCCUGGCAGCUGGGACGCCCUGGCCCUCGGUCCCAGAAGGUGGGCAUCGCCUGGGUGCUGCCCCACCCCGUGUACUCCUGGAAGGAGGGUGCCCGUGCGGACAUCGCCCUGGUGCGCCUCGAGCACCCCAUCCAGUUCUCUGAGCGCAUUCUGCCCAUCUGCCUGCCGGAUCCCUCCGUGCACCUCCCUGCAGACACCGACUGCUGGAUUGUGGGCUGGGGGAGUGUCCAAGAUGGAGUGCCCCUGCCCCACCCUCAGACCCUGCAGAAGCUGAAGGUUCCCAUCAUCGACUGGGAAACCUGCAGCCGGCUGUACUGGCGCGGCGCGGGCCAGGGAGCCAUCACCGAGGACAUGCUGUGCGCCGGCUACCUGGAGGGGCAGCGAGAUGCCUGCCUGGGCGACUCCGGAGGCCCCCUGAUGUGCCAGGUGGACGGCGCCUGGCUGCUGGCCGGCGUCAUCAGCUGGGGCGAGGGCUGCGCGGAGCGCAACCGGCCCGGCGUCUACACCAGCGUCUCCGCACACCGAUCCUGGUUGGAGAGGGUCGCGCAGGGCGUGCAGCUCCGCGGGCGCGCGCGGGGGAGCCCCGGGGCCGCCGCGCCCCCCUAGGCCCGCAGG